GGAGAACCACGUGACCCAUGUGCGCGCUCGAGUCGGGUGGCAUCGUCAUCCGCCCCUCCAGCUCGACCCACAGUCGGCAUGGAGCUUAUCCGCCACCUGGGCAGCUACCGGCUCGGCUGGUGCUGCCUUUGGCCUUUUUGUCUCUCGGACGACGCAGUGGCACAAUCCCUAAGCAUUCGAGCUCGACUUUCCCCGAAAGCCUUUUUCGCUCGACUUGACCGUCUUUGCGGUGCGGUCCUAGGUCAUGCAAAUAUUUCCAGUCCGGACAUGCAGAACAGCCGUCUCCGUGGACCUCGACAUCCGACUUUCCCAGUCAGCCGCGUGCCAUCCUACGCGCACCCGGACUCUGCCCAAAAGGUCCGAGAAAAGUGCCAGCUCUCGCCUCGACGAUGCUGACAGUGCUCCAGCGUCUUCCGGGUUCAAUCUCGUAGACGACGUUGGGCGCGGUACGCGCGAGAAGACGUUGCAAUUUGGAACGCGCGCGCGGUGAUCGACGACGGCGUCAGAGGUGGAUGGAUGCUCGUUGGUCUCCGAGCCGAGGAUCGCAGGCCGAGAGGAGCGUGUAAUCGAUCGUUGGCCGAGCGCUGUCGUUGCAGCUUUCGCGGGGCGAUUGGAUUGCGAGUCGUCGUUCUUGCUCGUGGGCCGAAGACAGGAUUGUUGUCGGCGGGACUCAGGAUUGGGACCGAGUAUGCCACCGACCAUGCCGGAGCCGCUGUCGAUAAUAUGGAGCAUUGCAAUGCAGCUGAAGAUCCUAAUUGGGGCAAAGAAUUCCCUGAAGAAGGACUGUGAAAGUCUUCUGAAGGUGAUCGAGAAACUUCACGCGAACCUGCAAAGACUCGAGGGAAGCCCCGAUGUUGAUCAAUUCGAAAGGGUCUUGAAUAAAAUUCGCAUUUCCUCCACUAGAUGUUAUGCUAUGCUGGAGGCGAUUGAGGCUCGGAGCUGGACGGAUUCGCUCUUGAAUCAGAAACUGUCUUUCUUCAACGAGAAGCCGAGCGACCUCAUCAAGAAGCAACAAUCCGAGUUUUAUGAUCUCAUAGAUGAACUACUGGGCGAGCUCUGUACAAGAGGAGUCAGAAAGGCAGAAACGGACGACAUCUAUGAAGCCGGGUCGAAAGAAACGCGACUGUUGGGAGUUUCUAAACUGAGGGCAGUUCCAAUGUGCGGGAAAAAUGACGAUGCCAUCCUUCUGAGCGGCGAGAAAAUUCGAUACAAAAUCAUCGAAGACACCAUAGAAAACGUCGGCGUGGUCUACACGUUAGAGAUGGAAAUCAAGAGCUUCGCACCUGGCCUUUACAACUGGCUUCUGCAGGAUCGGACGCAUCUGAGUGCCAUGCUUGCGGUAAACAGCAGCUCCGGUCAAUCGACUCGCGUACUGCAGAUCACAGAGGAGGACAAAAGCUCCGGAGGUGACAACCCCACAGCCUGCAUUUCAGACGAAGACGGAGUGGUAGCACACGUCCAAACCAAAAACCAGUCCUGGUUCAACAACGCCGGAACUAUUUUAAUGCGGGAUCACUUCAGGCGGUCUCUCAUACUUAGGCUCAGAAACGGAUACAAACCUCAGAUAUACGACGCCGAGAUUCUUGUCCGAAAAGACAGGCUCCCGUCGGACGAUUUGCUGAAAUUGCGUAUUCUCGGUAAGAAGUUCGAAGACCUGACCUACUACAAAUGCGACACGGAAGAAACGGGGGAGGUACUCGCCGUUUAUAGACACCGCAAGUCCGAGGCCUCAGGUUUGCUACAUCUCUUGGGAAGGGCAAACCAGAUGGAAAUCCAAACCAUCAUAGUUGCCAGUUUUGCUGCUCUGGGACUGACCAGUGAUUUCUAACCUGGCUUGACUGACACUCUCGGAAGGGAUUCUUUGUCGGAGUAGAGUUUAGUGUGAGUAUGAUUGUGCUUGCGUUACAGAGUGUAGGGUGCAAGAGUAAGUCGUGCACUGACGCUCUUUGUAUGCUUGGAAGACAUAUAUAUACUGGCUGCACACGUACGGUGCUCGUCGGAAGACGUGUUUGUUGCCUGUGUCUUUAGUCACCAAGGAGAGCAAGCACCACCUUCUGACCAAUGCCUUCGAGGCGAAAGCUGCAAUGCAGCGCACCUCAUCCGCCUUGACAUCCUGUACGCGGUCGAUCCACUCGUCAAUCAAUCCUGUAAUAACAAAUGGAGUUCUGUUCUGUCGUCCGAGCUGUCCCUCUUUCCCGGAACAAGUAACCAAUCUGCCCCACGGCGGGUUUGUGUUGCCUGUUAGUCGAACUCUAAUGGAGACCUAUUGUGGCGUAAUUACUCGUCGUGUACGGUCAUGGAGCUUGAAACAAUUGACGGGAAGAUAUCAGUCCGAACAAUGGCACGAGAGCGAGGGUUCAUUCAUCGCUUCCUGUCUCACGAGGAGCGAGCUGUGAAGAACUUAGCGCUUAGACACGUACUCCUAUCAUUUCAUGCACUACAUCCACUUUUAUCUGAGGAGUGGAGUAGGCCACAAGUGCCCAGUGAAACGGCGUGAAGUAUGGCACUAUCUGUGAUGCAAGUCCCGGUGAUCAGAAGAGUUCUCGUGCUUUGAAAACAAGUUUCCGGAAACAAUGUCGAACAAACUGUCAAGAAGAAUGGGAAAGACUCCAUCUUGUAUCUUUCAGGGUUCUUCAUUCACUCAAAACCACUUAAGGUUAGGAUUAAGGAGAUGAAAAUCAACGAGUAGAAAUGUAGCCCGCCCCGUACAACACGACUGUAAGAAACCACUUGAAACCGACCGAUCUGAACGCAAGUGAGCCACAUGUUCGGCGGAUUAUUCUGAAAAGCUCUCGGCGCAUAUGUCGUCAACUAUCAUCGAACUGGCGUGUUUCCAUAAAGGUGAGAUACCAAACAUUCGAAAUCUACUGAAGAAGACAAAAUGUUGCAAAUACAUAUUUGUUGCAGAUAAACAUUAAAUAAGAUCGAAAUAAUCCAACCAAUCUUCUUGGCAGCUCCCGUGUGGUGCACACCGUAAGUCGAAUUCGACUCCGGUUAGCUAACCCUUUCUUUCAAUCAUCUUUCUUUGUAUCAAGGUCUUUCUCUUACUAUGAUGUUUGUAUAACAUUUACGCUUCCA